GCCCUCUGGAGUUCCCUGGAGGACCAGGCAGCUAAGGACAAGGCCCUGCAGAGCAUGGCCGCCAUGUCGUCUGCCCAGAUCAUCUCUGCCUCAGCCUUCCACAGCAAGAUGGCCCUCGCCCGGGGCCCUGGCCAUCCGGCAGUCUCAGGGUUUUGGCAAGGAGCUUUGUCGGGCCAAGCCGGAACAUCCCAUGAUGUGAAACCUUUCUCUCAGCAGACCUACACUGCCCAGCCUGCGCUGCCUCUGCCAGGGUUUGAGUCUCCUGCAGGACCCACCCCGUUGCCCUCCGCGCCCCCAGCACCCCCGUGGCAGGGCUGCAGUGUGGCCAGCUCCAAGCUCUGGAUGUUGGAGUUCUCUGCCUUCCUGGAGCAGCAGCAGGACCCUGACACGUAUAACAAGCACCUGUUCGUGCACAUUGGCCAGUCGAGCCCAAGCUACAGCGACCCCUACCUCGAAGCCGUGGACAUCCGCCAGAUCUAUGACAAAUUCCCGGAGAAGAAGGGGGGGCUCAAGGAGCUCUUUGAACGGGGACCCUCCAAUGCCUUUUUUCUCGUGAAGUUCUGGGUAAGCCUGUUCAUAAAUGCUCCCUUCCUGCCCUCAGCGCAUCCACAGCAGCGAGGGGAGCAGGGAACAGCGGGCCUGAGGCGCCCUUGCCACAGGGAAGCUCGGGGAGGGCAGCACCUGAGCCGAGGCGGGGAAUGGGCCCGCGAGGCCGGAGAGCGGCUGGGCGCAGCGCUCGGGGGACCAAGCUCAGGCGCGUCGCCCCCGUCCCCUCCCCCGCGCAGGCGCUUUUCGCUCCGGGCCCCUCCGCCCCUAGAAACCCUCCCGCAUCGCCGGCUGGAGGCAGCAGCCAAUGAGGCAGGCGCGGCCGACACGCGGGCCAAUGGGCGGCGGCGACAGUGCGGGGUGCGGUUGCCAGGGGCGGGGUCCGGCCGCCGGCCAGACUUGCCACCCUAG